AUGAGAGACCUGAGAUUCAACAAAAUCAAGGAUUUACAACCAGGCUCCUUCAGGCGAUUAACAAACCUCAACACACUUCUCCUCAACAACAAUCAUAUACGAAGGAUUCCCAGGGGAGCGUUUGAAGACCUAGAAAACCUCAAGUAUCUCUAUUUGUACAAGAAUGAAAUCCAAUCAAUUGACAGACAAGCAUUUAAGGGCCUUGUCUCUCUUGAGCAACUCUACCUGCAUUUCAACAGCAUCGAUUCUCUGGAACCGGAAUCCUUCAGCCAUCUGCCGAAGUUGGAACGACUGUUUUUGCACAAUAACAGAAUAACACAGCUCAUCCCAGGAACCUUCGCUCAUCUUCAGUCCAUGAAACGAUUGCGGCUGGACUCUAACGCUUUAAGCUGUGACUGUGAGCUGCUGUGGCUGGCCGACCUGCUGAAGCAGUACGCCGAGUCAGGAAACGCCCAGGCUGCUGCCACCUGCGAGCAUCCCAGUCGACUCCAGGGCCGAUCAGUGGCCACCCUCACUGCUGAGGAGCUCAAUUGCGAGGUACCGAGGAUCACCUCAGAGCCCCGGGAUGUCGAUGUUACAUCAGGAAACACUGUUUACUUCACCUGUAGGGCUGAGGGAAACCCCAAACCUCAGAUUAUCUGGCUCAGGAACAACAAUGCUUUAAAUAUGCGAGAUGACAAUCGUCUGAAUCUCCUGGAAGAUGGGACACUGAUGAUUCAAGACACCAGAGAGACUGACCAGGGAGUUUACCAGUGCAUGGCCAAAAAUGUAGCCGGGGAAGUCAAGACUUCAGAGGUCACGCUUCGAUACUUUGGAGCCCCCUCCCGGCCAAGUUUUGUCAUUCAACCCCAGAACACGGAGGUGCUGGUGGGUGAGAGCGUGACCCUGGAAUGCAGCGCCACCGGUCAGCCACAGCCAAGAGUCACGUGGACGAAGGGUGACCGCACGCCGCUGCCCAGUGACACUCGCAUCAACAUCACUCCAUCUGGGGGGCUUUACAUCCAGAAUGUUGUCCGAGAGGAUGGAGGACUAUACACGUGCUUCGCCUCCAAUAAUGUGGAUACCAUACAUGCUACAGCACGCAUCAUUGUCCAAGCGACUCCCCAGUUUACCGUCACGCCACAGGACCAGUCAGUUUUGGAGGGUAACACCGUGGAUAUUCCCUGCGAGGCGAGUGGUUACCCAGAGCCAGUGAUUGUCUGGACUCGAGGUGGAAACGUACUGCCUUCUGACCGACGACAUGCCAUUCUGCCUGCCGGUACCCUCCGUAUAACUCGUGUUGCGACCCAGGACGAGGGCCAGUAUGAGUGUGAGGCAGUGAGCCCAGUGGGGACCGUGCGUGCAACUGUGCAGCUCAGCAUUGAGCAAAGAGCAACCCCCCAGUUCACCGUAACGCCACAGGACCAGUCAGUCUUGGAGGGUCAUACGGUGGAUUUUCCCUGUGAGGCAAGCGGCUAUCCAACGCCACUGAUCAUAUGGACUCGAGGUGGAAGUCCUCUUCCCUCGGACCGCCGCCACGUCAUCCUGGCCUCCGGUACGCUCCGCAUCACUCGGGUUGCUGCACACGAUGAGGGCCAGUACGAGUGUGAGGCUGUGAGCACGGUGGGAACGGUCCGCACCGCUGUGCAGCUUAUCAUCGAGCAAAGAGUAACGCCUGUUUUCACAAAUGCUCCAAGGGACCUGACUGUGGAGUCUGGUCAGGAUGUGCAGAUUCCCUGCAGUGCUCGGGGCCAGCCGCGGCCGGUCCUCACCUGGAACAAGGAUGGUGUUCAGAUAACAGAGAGCGGAAAGUUCCACAUCAGAGAAGAAGGUUACCUGGAGGUGAAAGAUGUUGGCACUGCAGAUGCUGGACGCUAUGAAUGUGUUGCCCGCAACCCUAUUGGAUACCAGGCUGCUCGAAUGGUGCUUACAGUCACAGUGCCUGCUAUCAGCCGAGAGGGAGACACAUUUGUGAGCACAUCCAUAGAGCAGGCCAUCCGUACUGUGGACAGUGCAAUUGAGUCCACAAGGAGACGACUCUUUGACGGUCAGCCUCGUACUCCAGGAGAGCUGCUCGCUCUUUUCCGAUAUCCACGUGAUCCCUACACGGUGGAGCAGGCCCGUGCCGGGGAGAUCUUUGAGCAGACUCUCCUUCUCAUCCAAAACCACGUCAACCAGGGUCUCAUGGUGGACACCAACGGUACCGCAUUUCGCUACAACGAUCUAGUAUCACCCCGGUUUCUGGAGAUGAUUGCUAAUCUCUCUGGCUGCACAGCCCAUCGCCGCAACAACAACUGCUCAGACAUUUGCUUCCACCAGAAGUACCGCAGCCACGAUGGGACCUGCAACAACCUGCAACACCCCAUGUGGGGUGCCUCGCUCACUGCGUUUGAACGUCUCCUGAAGCCAGUCUACGACAAUGGCUUCAACCUGCCCAGAGGAACCAUAGACAGGGUUCAUAACGGUUACCGACUGCCCCUGCCUAGGCUGGUGUCCACCACAAUGAUCGAAACAGAGACCAUCACUCCUGAUAGUCGCUACACUCACAUGCUGAUGCAGUGGGGUCAGUUCCUGGACCACGACUUGGACUCCACAGUAGUGGCCCUGAGUCAGGCUCGGUUUUCUGAUGGCCAGCUGUGUGCUCAGGUCUGCACAAAUGACCCGCCGUGCUUUCCAAUCCAGUUCCCACCCAAUGACCAGCGGCAACUGCGAAGCGGCGCUCGCUGCAUGUUCUUUGUCCGUUCCAGCCCAGUGUGCGGUAGCGGGAUGACGUCUCUGCUCAUGAACAGCGUUUAUCCGAGAGAACAGAUCAACCAGAUCACCUCCUACAUUGACGCCUCCAAUGUCUAUGGCAGCUCACGACAUGAAUCUGAGCAGAUUCGCGACAUGGCCAGCCACAGGGGGCUUCUUCGUCAAGGCAUCAUACAACGGACAGGGAAGGCACUUCUUCCAUUUGCCACAGGACCGCCUACUGAGUGCAUGAGGGAUGAGAACGAGAGUCCAAUCCCUUGCUUCUUGGCUGGAGAUCACCGUGCUAAUGAACAACUUGCCUUGACUUCUAUGCACACUGUGUGGUUCAGGGAGCACAACCGCAUCGCUACAGAACUGCUGAGACUGAAUCCCCACUGGGACGGCGACACCAUCUACCACGAGACCAGAAAAAUAGUGGGGGCCCAGAUGCAACACAUCACCUACAAUCACUGGUUACCAAAGAUACUCGGUGAAGCAGGCAUGAGGAUUUUAGGGCCGUACGCCGGUUACGACCCCAAUGUUAACGCUGGCAUCUUCAAUUCGUUCGCCACAGCAGCUUUCCGCUUUGGACACACCCUCAUCAACCCAAUACUCUACAGGUUAAAUGAGCACUUUGAACCUAUCACCCAGGGUCACAUCUCACUGCACCGGGCCUUCUUCUCACCUUUCCGCAUCGUAAAUGAGGGAGGCAUCGACCCGCUCCUUCGCGGACUGUUUGGUGUUGCUGGAAAGAUGCGCGUUUCCUCCCAACUGCUGAACACUGAGCUGACGGAGAAGUUAUUUUCCAUGGCUCAUGCUGUGGCACUGGAUCUGGCUGCCAUGAAUGUUCAGAGAGGAAGGGAUCAUGGCAUACCACCAUACAAUGACUACAGGACCUUUUGUAACCUGACCUCAGCUCAGACGUUUGAUGACCUGAAGAAUGAAAUCAAAAACCCUGAUGUCAGAGAAAAACUGCGAAGGCUAUACGGUACGCCUCUCAACAUUGACUUGUUCCCAGCCCUGAUGGCUGAAGAUCUGGUCCCUGGCAGUAGAUUGGGUCCCACCCUCAUGUGUCUGCUCGCAACGCAAUUCAAGCGUGUCCGAGAUGGAGACCGGUUCUGGUAUGAAAACCCAGGUGUCUUCGCUCCUGCACAGCUGACACAACUUAAGCAAGCGUCCUUAGCUCGAGUCGUGUGUGACAAUGGAGACAACAUCACCCGGGUGCAGCGGGACGUGUUCGCAGUGGCCGACCUGCCCCACGGAUACGGAAGCUGUGAUGAUGUUCCUCAGAUCGACUUGCGGAUGUGGCAGGACUGCUGUGAAGACUGCAGAACCAAGGGUCAGUUCAAUGCCCUGUCAUACCACUUCAGGGGACGGAGAUCAGCUGAGCACAGCUACCAGGAGGAGAAACCUGACAGCAGCAUCCAAGAUACAAGCCCUCUGGAAGAAACUCAAAACAGUCUUUCAAAUGUCACUUUGAGCUCCAAGUUGAGCAGUGAACCUUCAGCUGGUGACUUCCAGGAGUUUGUCUCAGACAUGCAGAAGACCAUCACAAGCUUAAGGAAACAGAUUAAAAAACUGGAAGCUCGUCUACACAAGUCCACCUGCGCAGACGGCGAGGGGCGCGAGCGGACAGAUGGAGAGCGCUGGCGAAAGGACUCAUGCUCGACGUGCGAAUGCAGAGAUGCCCAGGUGACCUGCUUCAUCGAGUCGUGUCCAACUGCAGAGUGCAAACAGCCCAUCAAGCUAAAAGGUGCCUGCUGCCCAAUGUGCCUCCAGGAGGACGAUGACAACAAGAGGCAAAAAGCUGACACCCACCACAAGUAACUUUCAGGACCCUCCCCAACAACCUCACACCCUGACAAUCUAGUGUCUGGAACCCACAGGAAAUCAGACAAAUCAAAAGAGGAGAUGGGACUGACUCAUAGCCACGGUUGACCUCGACAAACUCAACAGCCUCUCAGUGUUUUUUGUUUUUUUUAAAUCAGGGGAGCAAUUUUUGUUUUUUUUCUUGUUUUCCUAUUUGCCCCGGCGUUCAGUUUGAAAUUGUUCAGCAAUAAGUCAACAGGCACUCCAUGGGUUUACUUCUGUAGCAGUGAAUAGAUUAAUGGAUUAUAUAAACAGGAUGGACAAAAAGCUGUCCUCGGGCACUGAGGUGCUGUUUGCUCUCAAUGGGAAAAUGCAAGACCAGUUGCCGUUGACAAAGCAGGAAAGGGAAGUGGAUGGAAAGGCGGCAGUUGUCUCAAAAAUGUCUUUCUCAGGUUAGAGAUACCGAAAAACUGGUGCUAUUUCCCUGUUUUUACUCCAAGAUAAUCUCUAAAUAUGAACCUUAAAGUAUUAUCGUUUGUAUACAAAGCCACCUAUAUACACGCAAUAUGUCUUUUAUUGAUGCAUCAGACUUGAGUGGAUUAUUUUAUUCAAGGACUUUUAUUGAAUAAUUGUCGGGUGCUUUAUAUUGUUGCUUUUUACCCGUUUUUUUUCUAUGUAAAUGCUUACAUGUGAAAAUAAUGUGAAGCCCUGCGAAAAUGUUUGUAAUGCAAAAGAAACAUGUCUACUGAUA